AAAAAAUCAUAGAGAUAGAGACUCUUGUGCUCUAACAUCUCAGAGACAGUAUUGUUUCCGUUAAAACGAGUCUACACACGAUCUGGAGAACGAUACAGUGUGUGAUUCACGAUGGCUGGUAUUUCAAACAGACCUUUAUCUCUAUCUUCUUUCUCUACCGGCUCAACUCCUUGUACCAGUCGCUCCACUGCUCCUCAUCCUUCCUUCUCCACCUGUAUAUUUUCUGAUGUUGCUGGAGACGUCACUGUUGUUGUAGAUGGAGAGUCUUUUCUACUCCACAAGUUUCCAUUAGUAGCUCGGUGUGGGAAGAUAAGAAAGAUGAUGAGAGAUCUCAAAGACACUUCUUCUACAAGUAUUGAGCUCAUACACUUCCCUGGUGGACCUCUAACUUUCGAACUCGUCAUGAAGUUCUGCUACGGCAUCAACUUAGAGAUCACUCCCUCCAACGUGGUCAACCUCCGCUGCGCAGCAGGUUACCUAGAGAUGACCGAAGACUACAAAGAAGACAAUCUCAUCGCUAGAACAGAGAGUUACCUCGACAAGGCAGCUUUCCGCAACUUAAAGAAAUCAGUUCAAGUGUUAACCUCAUGCGAGAGGCAAGAAAUGUCUGAAACGUUCAAGAUUCCUGACAGAUGCGUUGAGGCUAUCGCUAUGAACGCUUGCAGGGAGCAGUUAGUAUCAGAUUUAUCAGAGGAGGUCAAGAGGAGAGAUUGUCUCGAGUGGUGGAUUGAGCAACUCUCUUCUCUAGGUAUUGAUUACUACACAAGAGUUGUGUCUGUGAUGGCUAGAACAGGUGUACGGUCCGAGAGUAUCGUUGCUUCUCUGAUGCAUUACUCUCAGGAAACGUUAAAGGGUGUUGUUGAUCGAAACUCUCAUGAGCAGAGAGAGAUCGUUGAAGCUAUUGUAACUCUUUUGCCGAGUGACGAGAGAGGAACAAUCAACAUCCCUCUCAGUUUCCUUCUUGGGAUGUUAAAGAUUGGAAUCACGUUAGAUAUAGAGAUCUCUUACAAGCUUGAGCUUGAACGUAGAAUUGGUCAGCAGUUAGAGAGUGUGUCGCUUGAUGAUCUGCUUAUACCUUCUGUCGGAAACGAAGGUUCCAUGUACGAUGUGGAUACUGUUUAUAGGAUACUAUCAUGUUUUCUUGAGAGGGUUGAUGAAGAAGAUGAGGAUAGUGGUUAUGAUUCAGACUCCACUGGUCAUCACCAUGGUGAGUUGCUGAAAGUGGGAAGAAUCAUGGAUGCGUAUUUGGCUGAGAUAGCACCGGAUCCACACCUGAGUUUACACAAAUUCACAGCUUUUAUAGAGAGGUUACCUUAUUACGCACGGAUCAUGGAUGAUGGGAUCUACAGAGCUGUUGACGUGUAUCUCAAGGCUCAUCCGAUAAUGACAGAAGAAGAACGCAAGAGUCUAUGCAAAUUCAUAGACUGCAACAAACUAUCACAGGAAGCAAGCAACCACAUGGCACAAAACGACCGUCUUCCAGUGCAAAUGGUGGUUCGUGUUCUCUAUUCAGAACAGCUGCGACUGAAGAAAGCUUUGUCGGGAGACUCAGAGGAAAGUGUGUUGGACAUGUCUUCUGGAGUUCUAAACCGAGCGGUUUCACCAAGGGACAACUACGCAUCGCUGAGGAGAGAGAACAGAGAGUUGAAGCUGGAGAUAGCGAGGAUGAGAGUGAGAGUUAGCGAGUUAGAGAAGGAGCAAAUGUUGAUGAAACAGGGGAUGAUGGAGAGGUCUGGUAAUAAUGGUGGAACGUUCUUGACGUCGUUGUCUAAAGGGAUUGGGAAGAUUGGGAUAUUUGGUGGAGAAAACCGGCAGAAGGUUAACCGGAAAGCCAGGUCAGUGUCGGAGAGAAAACCAAGUCGAAAGGGGUAGUAGAGAUGAUGAUGGUGAUGGUGAUAACAAGUGACAAGUCGUUGAGUAGUGUGAAACAUCAAGGUUGCUAUCUAAGAGAGACAAGAGUCACAUGUAGAGGGUCGUAUAAUGGACCGAUAAAGUGUGACGUAGGCCUAUGAUAGGGCAAAUGAGGUAUCGUUUUAGCCUAUAGAAAACAAGGAAAACAUGGGGUGCCUUAUAAUUUUUGGGUUGGGUCCAGGCCGUCUCUAUUCUGUUAUAAAAAGGUACUAGAGAUAGUUUUUCCACUGGCUAUCUCAUAUAUUCAU